GCGGUGCUGCGAUUGGACAUGUCCCCGGCGGGGGCGAGGCUGUGAUAUCGCAUGUCGUUAGUGUUGGAGAUGGCGGCAGGGGAUACUUGUGGGGAAUGUGGUCUUGGGCGGUACCGUUCACCGCUGGUCAGCCGCUACUCAUCUCUGGAGAUGGCCUUCAACUUCAGUGAGGCCAAGAAAUUCACUACGUGGCGCCGGCUCUGGCUUUACCUAGCGACAGCAGAGAAGAAGUUGGGAUUGCCGAUCACAGAUGAGCAGCUCCAGGAGAUGGAGUCAAAUCUCUCAAACAUUGACUUCAAGAUGGCUGCUGAGGAAGAGAAGAAGCUUCGCCAUGAUGUCAUGGCCCACGUACACACGUUUGCGCAUUGCUGCCCGAAUGCUGCUGCCAUCAUACACCUUGGUGCCACCUCCUGCUAUGUUGGGGACAACACGGAUCUUAUUGUUCUUCGUGAUGGUUUUGACAUCCUCUUGCCCAAGUUGGCUCGAGUCAUCAAACGCCUGGCGGACUUUGCCCAGAAAUAUGCUGACCUGCCGACACUCGGCUUCACCCACUACCAGCCUGCGCAGUUGACCACCGUUGGGAAGCGCUGCUGCCUCUGGCUGCAGGAUCUGUGUAUGGACCUGAGAAAUCUGGAGCGUGCCCGCAAUGAACUGCGAUUCCGAGGAGUGAAGGGAACGACGGGGACUCAGGCCAGUUUUCUCCAACUCUUUGAGGGAGACCACAGAAAGGUUGAAGAGCUUGAUCGGUUGGUGACUGAGAUGGCAGGAUUUAAACAGAUGUACCUGGUGACUGGACAGACAUACAGUCGGAAAGUGGAUAUUGAUUCGCUGGCCGUGCUCUCGAGUCUUGGGGCGACUGUUCACAAGAUCUGUACGGAUAUCCGCCUUCUGGCAAAUCUGAAGGAGGUUGAGGAGCCCUUUGAGAAAGAUCAGAUUGGGUCCAGUGCGAUGCCCUAUAAGAGGAAUCCAAUGCGCAGUGAACGUUGCUGCAGUCUGGCUCGCCACCUCAUGACACUGAUGCUGGACCCUUUGCAGACAGCGGCUGUACAGUGGUUUGAACGGACUCUAGAUGACAGUGCCAACAGACGUAUCUGUUUAGCGGAGUCGUUUCUAACUGCAGACAUUAUUCUGAGCACUCUACAGAACAUCACUGAAGGGCUGGUCGUUUACCCGAAGGUGAUUGAGCGGCACAUUCGCCAUGAGCUUCCAUUCAUGGCAACAGAAAACAUCAUUAUGGCAAUGGUAAAAGCCGGAGGAAACAGACAGGAUUGUCACGAGCGAAUCCGUGUCCUCUCCCAGCAGGCAGCUGCUGUGGUUAAACAGGAGGGAGGUGACAAUGAUCUGAUCUGCAGAAUUCAGGAGGACGGUUAUUUCAGCCCGAUCCACAGGCAGCUCGAGACACUGCUUGACCCCAAGUCCUUCAUCGGGUGUGCCCCCCAGCAGGUCACCAGAUUCCUGGAGCAGGAGGUUCAGCCGCUCUUGAUCCGUUAUGCUGGUCAAAUGGAAGUGAAAGUUGAGUUGGAGCUGUGAGAAACUGUGAACCAGAGUGAUGAGUGCUGAAAAUUAAUCAGAAUACCUCCAGGUUCUAGCAUGUCCAGCCUGUGACAUGAAACUGUGAGAGAUUUUGUGCCUUAGAUUUGAGGAGCAAAAACUGGACUGUUCAAUUUUAAGUUAUUGAUUGUUGGUUUCCGACAAUGAUUUAGUUAAUGCUGGGAUGUCACUGGCUGUACUGGCACGGGUGCUGCUGUGUAUGUUUAGCAAUGCAUACUCAUUUUUGCGGGGGGCCCAUCAGCAGACAUUCUCCCACUCAGGAAUCAUGGAGCAGUCAUCACAUGACCCAGAGCUAUCCUGUUACAAUUCACAUGUCAGAUCAUGAAAUUUUUCAAAUAAGUUUUGUUUCAAUUGAGUUAAUCAAACAUCAAUGCCCAUGAGACUGGGCUCAAGGUUUCCAUUUGUAUGGGAUUUGUCAUUCUCAUCUUGAAAGAAUGGCUUGUGCUUUGAAUAAAAAAUUUUUUCAGCUUGAAUUUAAAAA